CACACUGCCGAACAGCUGAUCGACUCGAAGGUUUUGUUUUUAUUUUUGCAAGGGCUGUUUCUUAUCAUUGAGUUAACCAAUUUUAAAUGCUAAGACGCACAAUGGCGGAAUUCGACGUCAAAGCCGGCCUGCAGCACGUGUUGAAGCGCAUAGACGAGGUGCUCCUCCAGCGGCCCAAAGAAGUUCAAGCUGCCAGGCCGCUGCUCGUUGCUGUAAGCAAAACAAAGCCAGCGGAGGCCGUAAUCGAGGCUUACGAGGGCGGACAAAGAGACUUCGGUGAGAACUAUGUACAGGAGCUGGAGGAGAAGAGCCGCCACCCGGACAUUCUGGCCAAGUGCCCCGACAUCAGGUGGCACUUCAUAGGCCACAUGCAAAGCAACAAGAUCAACAAGAUCCUUUCUGUGCCAAAUCUGCAUAUGAUCCAGACCGUAGAUAGCGAGAAGUUGGCCACCAAACUGGACGCAGCCUGGUCUAAGCGACAGCCCACCCCUGAGGAGCCAUUGCAGGUGCUCAUCCAGAUCAACACUAGUGGUGAAGACGUUAAAAGCGGAAUAGAGGCGAAAGAUGCUCCUGCACUCUACCAGUACAUCAAGAGCAACCUUAAACACCUCAACCUGAUGGGCAUAAUGACCAUUGGUGCAUUUGGUUUUGACUACAGCAAUGGACCCAAUCCGGAUUUCGUGUCCCUAAUGCAGGUGCACAGAUCCAUAUGUGAGGCGCACUCCUUGGCCCCGGACUCGGUGCUCGUCUCCAUGGGAAUGUCCAACGACUUCGACAAGGCGAUCGAAAUGGGCAGCACAGUGGUGCGCGUUGGCUCUUCUAUUUUCGGCCAUCGGGCGGCCAAGGUGUAAGAAGGGGAGCGGAGCAGAGAUGUGAUAGGAAUGCGUUGCGGGCACUGAAUACAGCCGAUUCCCAAUGACGUCCGACCUCACGACUGAGCACCUCCAAGUUCGCUCAUGUAUCAGGUGGAACUGGGUAUAUUCACACAGACUAACGUAGUAAAUCAGCAAAUCAAAGAUGAUUUGGCGUUUAAAUUUAGAAACCCUUGAGAUAAACAAAUGUUAUGUGUAGGCUGUUAUUUGCCUUAUUUAAUUGUUAACCCUUUAUAAACAAUGCUUCCAAAGUGUCAAAACCAUUAAUAUUCCCAGAAACAUUCUGCACCUUGGAAAAUUGAAUACAUUUGCCGCAGUUUUCAUUAGUUUUAACAUUCCUUCGACUGCGUCUUGCUCGUUUUUUGCACUUUGUUCUAUUUUUACAUUCGCGUAUAUUCAAUGCUACUUUGCGUAUUAGAUUGUGGGCAGUUUUCCUCUAUAUCUUCUUGUUUUGGUUGGCCCCAGGCCAAAAUGUCGCCUGGUUACGUGCCAAAAUGGCUGCGCCAUGAGAGUUUUCGCCGAAAAUCACUUUCAAUGGAGCACGAAGAUGACUGCAGCCUAAAUCGAUUUUCAUUAUGUCUGAUCGAUGAAUUAUGAAGGCUUUCUCGCACGGAUCCCAUCGUUAAUUGAGAUAUUUUCCGUUUCAUAAAUUUGCAUAGAGCCUUCAUUAAUUAUAAUAUUAGCCAGCGAGGGUAAUGAAUUCAGGUGGC